AUGACUGAGGCAAAGUCUAAAAGGGAUUUAAUAUGGGAAGAAAAGAGAAGAUAAAGAGAAGAACGAUUAUUAAGUAUAUUAUAGAUAUAAAUGCAGGAAUGGAAGGAUAAAUACAAGACAAUAAUGAAAAUUAAUUUUAACUCCCACCUCCAAGAUUAGAUGAUCAAGUUCCUAUUUCGUUUCCUUCUCAAUCUUAGGAAUAUGAACCUUAUAUCCCUCCCGAACCUUAUGUACCAAUUGAAAUGAAUAGAAAUCCUGAACCACCCAGAAUGUAUUAAGGUUCAAUUCCUCAGCAAUCUGAUUUCAGAGAAUAGAGAGAUAAGAGAUCAAAUAGUUAAUUUUAAUAAUAACCAGCAAUAUAAUAAAGUCCUUUAAAAAAUCCUAUUAAGCAAUAGUAGGACGAUUAUAGAGAAUAUUUGAAAAAGCAGAUGGAAGAAAAAGAAACAGAGAAAAAGAGAAGAAGAGAUGGAACAAACAAUAAUCAAUAAUAAAUUCAAUAAGUUUAAUUUUAGUAAUAAUCAAAUAAUCCAGCACCACUCCCAGCGUAACCUAUAAAUAGAUAAAAACAAGAAUAUGGGGAAUUUCUAAGAUAAUAAAUGAUGGAGAAAGAAGAAUAAAAGAAACGAAGAAUUCAGUCAGGAAAUAAUCAAAAUAAUUAAUAAUAAUAACAAUAGUAUUAAUAAUAGUAAAUGUAAUAAUAUUAAGUACAAUAAUAACCUUAAUAAUACUAGUAAUAAAUAUACUAGCCAUAAUAAUUUGAAAUUAAUUAAGGUUAUUCUUAAGGUAAUCAAUAAUCUAUUACUCCAUAUUAACAACAAUAACCUUAAUAAGUUGAUUAGAAUAAAUAAUAAAAAUAAGAAUAUGGAGAUUAUUUAAGAAUGUAAAUGUAAUUAAAAGAGCAAGAAAAAAAUGACCGAAAGAAAAAUCUUUAAUAACGAAUGGAAACUGGAGAUGCAUUUCCUUUCGGUAAAGGAGGAGGAGGUGCACCCUAUUAAAGAGGUGCCAAUAAUCAGAUACCUCAAAAUUAUAAUCAAUAAUAACAAUAUCAACCUCAAAGCUAUAAUUAACAAUAACAAAAUCAAUAGCCAAAUUAUUAAUAAUAACCUUAAUAUAUUCAAUAGUAAUAGAAUUUUUAAUAACCUAUAUAAUAAAUAUAAUAUUAACAAAGCAUUGUGACUCCUUAGUAAUAUUAAUAUUAAGAAUAAAAUUUACCAUCUGGAUUUGAUUAAUAACCAAUAUUGAUGGAACCUUUAGUAGAUCCAUAGUAGAAAGGAGGGAGAAAUAGACUAAUGUUGGAAAAUUAAAAUAUUGAUGAUAUAAAAAAAAAAGAAUUACAGAAAUUAGAAAUGCAGAGAGUUUUAUAAGAGUAGAUUGAAGAAAAAAAGAGAAAAAAAGAAUAAGAAAGAUUGCAAAAAGAAAUGGAAGAUAGAUAAGAGGAAGAGAGAUUUAGAAGAUAAAAGGAGUAAGAGGAAAUGGAAAAGAAGCGUGAAGAAGAUUCAAAGAAAUAUUAAUAAGGAAGUAAUAUUUUUUCAUUAAUUUAAGAGUUUGAAUAGGAUAAUAUUGAUUUAAAAGAAAAAAAAAGGUUGGAAAGAAUUUAGGAAAGGAAAAAUAGAAAAAAUCAAUAAUAAGAAGAAGAUUAACCAUAAUAAAACUUUUAGGUAUAUGAACAAUAACAACAAUUAUUACCUCCACCAUCUCGUAAUCCUCCUCCUUCUUAACCUAAAUCAGAAAAUUAUUUAAAGGAAUUCCUAAUGAAUGAAAAAAUGAAGGAAGGAGUUAGUCCACAUUAAAGUAUUCUUGAUUUUUAUAGAAAUGGUCCUUAACCUAUAAAUAAAGCUGAAAUAUAAUAAAACAGAGAAAUUGAUGAUAUUAAAAGAUAGAUGCUUUAAUAAUAAGAAAACUUAUAAUAAUAGAUAUAAUAAGUGAUGAGUUAAGCUUAAAUGGCAAUAGAAGGUAGAAAUAAAGCAGAGUAGGAAUUAAUUUCUUUAAAAGAAUAAGUGAAAAAUAAAUACUUAUAAGAAGAGAGACAUCAUGAUGAUUUAAUGAUUGCAUUAGUUAAGAAUGAUCCAAAAUGGGAGAAAUAAGUUUUUCCACCUCAUCUAUUGGCUCAAGCUGAAGUUGGUGCAUAUAAAGAUUUAUCUAUGCCAGCAUUAAAUGAAAAUUUUAAUUUUCCUAAUCUUAAUUAAAAUAGAGCAGCACCUCAAUUUGCACCUGCUUAUGAAAGCAAACGUAAAUUAUAUAUAUAUAUAUAGCUCUUGUUUUGAAAGAAGAAUCAAAAGAAUAGAAAUAAUAUUUUAGAGAAUAAUUCGGACUAUAAUCUUUAGUCUCUGAUUCCAAUAUGGUUCCUAUUGAUCAUAAUGCUUCAUUGGUUCCUUAAAUGUAACCUUUGAAUAAAAAAGUGUCAGAAAUUUAAUUAGAUAAAAUAGAUGAAUUGAAUGCUCAUUUUGAAGACAGUCUUAAAUUAGGAAUUGGAGAAAAUUAUCAAAUAAGAAAUGAUAAUUUCAAAAAGAGACCUCCCAGUAAUAAUGGAUAAAAUCAAUCUUGGAAUGUUCCUUCUAUUGAUUCAGAAUUUGUUAAAGAAAUUGAUGAUCUGUUAAAAUAUAAGCCUGCUUAAUAGACUUUAAAUCGUCCUCCCUCUGGAUUUAAUAAAAAUGGUUAUGAAUAGAGAUAAUUAUAAUAAUCUACAACAAAUAGACCUCCAUCAUAAACUAAUUAGAGACCCCCUUCUGCUUUUGGACGUGCAGCUUUAGGUGUAUUAGGAUCUGCUGAUUUAAAUUAUAAGGGAAUUACUUUAGACUCUGAAUUUCCUGAUAUGACAAUGCUCAAAAAAGGAACAAAUACUGAAACAUUUGAUAUAGCAGGGAUACAUAAAAGGAUGGAUUAAAAAUUAAUGCAUUUAAAUGAAAUAGAAGAAGAUGAAGAUUUAUAGAAAUUAGAUAAAUUACUUUAUUAAUAUAACUGA